CGUUGCCCACGAGACAUUUUCAGUCUCCACACUUGCAGCGGAGAAGCACGGGACAGGACACGCGGUUCCACACACUCCGGGGGUCCAGAUUCGGAGACUGAAGGUGACGUGCUUCAGAUUCUGACUUUAUGUCUGUUGGAAGUUAAGUUAGGAGGGGGAAAACGUGUUGUUUUGUCCUCGGGCCGCCACUGCAGUCGACUGCGAUUCAGCGAAGAGUUACCCGCUCACUUUCAGAAAUGGGGACACAAAACGUCGUCACAAUAUCUCUUAAUAUGAACAAUAAACGUGACUUGCACGCGGUCCUUUUUUAGAUAGUUUACUCGGAGACAGACGUACCACUCCGUUGGCUUUUUCUGUAUAUAAAAAAAUGCCAAUACUGUACACUCACUUAAAACUUAUCGUUUACCAUCAUAACGGCAGAGUGGUGGUCUUUCUUUAGCAAGCAUCUUUGACCGAACGUCGUACUAGUUACAGCUGCGGACUUGGCACGUUUACUAAAUGUCAAAUGUCUAUUUGCGUUGAUUUGCUUUUCAUGCCACUAACAUGAAGUUAUCUGUUGCAGUCACACUGCAGCCUGCAGCGGAAAACGACCAAACAAAAUAAAAGACUUUGAAGAGCCGGCGGAUCGAGCAUGCCCCCCGCAGCGGGAACCAAACUAGGCUACACCCCACCAGAUGGAGGCUGGGGCUGGGCUGUUGUCUUUGGCGCUUUCAUCUCCAUAGGAUUCUCCUAUGCCUUCCCCAAGUCCCUCACCAUCUACUUUAAGGAGAUUCAGGAAUACUUUUCUGUCUCCUACAGCGAGAUUGCCUGGCUGUCCUCCGUCAUGCUCGCUUCUAUGUACGCAGGGGGACCUGUGAGCAGCAUACUGGUGAACCGCUUUGGCAGCAGACCUGUGGUCAUGGUUGGUGGGCUCAUGGUUAGCACAGGCAUGGUGCUUGCUUCUUUUGGCAGGACUAUCAUGCAUCUGUAUCUUUGCGUUGGAGUUAUUGGCGGUUUCGGACUCGCCCUGAACCUGCAGCCGGCACUGACAAUCAUUGGUACCUACUUCCAGGUGAAAAGGCCCAUGGCGAACGGGCUCGCCAUGGCGGGAAGUCCAGUUAUUCUGUUCACUCUGGCUCCUCUCAAUCAGUUUCUCUUUGAUUCCUUUGGCUGGAGAGGGAGCUUCCUCAUCCUGGGAUCCAUUGUUUUGAACUGCUGUGUAGCUGGCGCUUUGAUGAGACCAGUCAAUCGAAACACCAAACCGAAAUCAGGGGCUGCACCGGAGCGUGACAGGCCAUCUGCUGAGGAAGCCGCUAGCCCGGACGCCCGUGAGCAGUUGGCUGACCUGCUGACUGGAAAACACCAGUCGAGCCGCGGCUGUUUGAGCAAGUUUAUAGACGUCUCACUUUUCAAACACCGGGGAUUCCUCAUCUAUCUCAUUGGUAACGUGGUCAUGUUUUUUGGGUUUUUCGCGCCGGUGGUCUUCAUGGCUCCGUAUGCAAAACAUCAAGGGAUUGAUGAAUAUUCAGCAGCUUUCUUGCUCUCUAUUUUUGCUCUGGUGGACAUGUUCACGAGGCCGGCGACUGGCUUCAUUGGCAACAGCAAGUGGAUUCGGCCACGGAUCCAAUACUUUUUCAGUUUUGCGGUUUCAUUCAAUGGUGUGUGCCACCUUUUAUGCCCACUGUUACCCGGAUAUGCCGGUCUGGUUGUGUAUGCGGUCAUCUUUGGUUUGGCGUUUGGCAUGGUUUGUGCGCUGCUUUUUGAAGUUCUGAUGGAUCUCGUCGGAGCUCACCGCUUCUCCAGUGCAGUUGGACUAGUCACCAUCAUUGAGUGUGCACCAGUGCUUCUUGGGCCUCCAAUUUCAGGAGCUCUGGUUGAUAUCUACGGGGAAUACAAAUCCAUGUACUAUGCGUGCGGAGUGUUCAUGCUGGUGCCGGGCAUGUUUUUCUUCGUCAUGCAUUACUUCAACUACAAGAGGCUGGACAAAGAGAAGAAGCAAAGUGUGGCGGUGCACAUGAGGACUUGUGAGGAGGCACUAAAACCUAAAAUGAACCGGGAUGGUACUAGAGCACAUGAAGCAGACAGAUGAACACGCUGGGUAUGAUUUUAUUUUGAUGGAUGGCCAGAUGGACGCUGCACACGUUUGAAUCAAAUUAAAUGAAAUUUGUUUGUUAAGCCCCAAAUCACGAGUUUGCCUUAGAGGGCUUUAAAAAUUGGACCAACAACAUCCUCUGUCAGGGACCCUCGCUUGGAAACAGGUAAAACUCUUCCAAAAAGAAGAAGAAACCUUAGUGGAUAACAACAUCCUCUUCAAGGACGGCCAGAAGUACAAUAGAUGUCAUGUGUAUGGAACAAACAUAAUAUGAUUAAAACAGUCAAUGUGUAUGACAUAAAUUAUGUAUAUAAUGUAGUUAUACACAUCAUUUAUAAGUAGUAGUCUUUAGAAAGCAGACUAAUGAUGAAAUAACUACAACUAACAUAACAGCAGCAGCAUUGCAAGCAAUUGAAUAAAUAAAAUGUAUUAUUAGUAGCAGUAAUAAUAUAAAUGUGAUUAACAGUUAUUUAGUAUUCUUGGUAUUUUCUUUGUUAUUUCAGGUUAUUAUUGCAUUAUGUGCCAUCUGUACCGCAUCCCUUCUCUCGUAAAUCAACUAGAGAUGCUGCAGUAUUCAAUGCAUGUAUAAUUUAUCAUAAUGACUUCCCUAGCGGCUGAAUAAAAAGUUGAGGGACUGAUUAAAUAAAUACUAGAUAACUAGAUCAAUUAAAAAACACAGAGCCACACUUCUCCUGUUUACUGCUAUCUUCUCACCACUAGGUGGCACUGGACUCUACCUUGUGAUCUCUCAAGGUGCAACAUCUCUUCUGUUAAACAAAAGGCAUCUUCAUUGUUGGUUCGGUUCUUUACAGCAUUGAUUUCCAAAGUCUGGGUGGCGACCCCAACAAGGGCUGGCAAAUAUGAAUGUGUUGCUAAGGGUACAACAAUUAGAAUAUGGGGAAAUUCAAUUUCCUUCUACACACAUCUUAAAAUGUCUUUCCUGGAAUCCUUCGCUGGAUAGGUUUACCUCCAGCCCAUAAAGAUUUCUUCAAUAUUCACCCUCAAAGUUUCAGUCUCCAGUGGAAUACAUCUGCUAGGCCAUGGGGAUCUACGAGUUGUUUCACUGUGGAAUCAUUGUACUACAGUCCUAAGAAAAUCAUUAUGAGAAAUGGAAAUGUGUCAGCAUCAAACAUUUAAAUGACUCUUUGGAAGCAUAUGUGCCUUUAAGAAAAGGCCUGUUUUUCCGUGUGCAGUGAUUUUAACUUCCCCUCUGUGACAUUAAAGGUUUUGUGCACAUAACACCCUCACA